UUUCUUAAACAACAACACUGGUGCAUAAACUUUGAUUUUUAUUUGUGUCCCGAUUGGUAGGCGUAAUAAUCAAAGACGAGAGAGUGAUCUCUUUCUUCUUCAUCACCAUCUUUGUCAAAAUAGAGAAAGGCUUAUUGCACCGGUUGCAAUAACUUAGACUGAUCACACGGCAUCACAAAUCCGAAGAACAGCAAGAAAAGAAUGAAGUAACGACUUUCAGGAUACCCUUUCUACAGACACACGAUUAAAAACAUUCAACGUCAAUUCUUUCAAGAUUCUUUCAUCGUCAACAAUCCAAAGUGAAUCAGCAAUGACAUUGUUCUAAGUAAAAAGAAAGGUGCCGUAAAUUCACACAACGAGGCUCAUCAAUCCAAUCUACCUCCAAUACAAUGGCGAGCGCUUUACAGAAGCUAUUCAAAAAGCGGCUUGCUCGCCAGCAACAAAAUGAUCAGAGCAAAUCGGGAGAUCGAUCAAGCAAAAACAAGAGCAGUGAAAACAGGCAAACGAUAAAUGGUCCUCUAUCAGGUAGGCUACCACCAUCUUUCACAGUCAGCGAUUUUCACUCUCCAUCGUCUUCAAGCCUUCAUCGAUUCUCAGCAUCCACUUCCUCGUCGGUGCAUACAACCGUCUCUCAACCUCUUCAUCGACCACAGAUUUACUCAAAUGACCGAGGAUAUAGCUUCGAUGCCCUUGACACAGAGAAUCGUGUCAUCGAAAGGGAUAGGCUGCGGUCUAGUAGUAUGGGAGCUUCCGUCAUGCUACGGGAUAGGUCAACCGGCAGUAGAUCAUGGCGUGAUUCGAUCAUUUCUGAUGGCCAUGGUGCAGCUACAGUAGAUCAAUUUGGCACACUCAUCCCUGACGAAGCAGGAUCAACGCUCAGCUCCUCCCAUCAAGGUCACAAAACAGAAGAGGAGGAGGAGGAAGACUUGGAGCAUAAUGCUAUAUAUGCUGCGCUGUUGGAUCGAAUGGGCCAGACUUCCAAGUGGGCAAGCGCAAAAGUUUUGCUGAUUCCUAGCAAAGCUGUCCUUCGUACAUCCAAUCUAAGUGAAGAAGAUUUAAGAAGCGAUGCAUAUAUAUCUCUUCAUGCUCUUACUGCGUCAAGCCUCUUCAAAGAUCAGUUUGAAUCCCUCAAAUUCCCAGUUUCACAAUUGGAUGUGUCUGAAGAUCCUUGGAGUAGGAUCAGCCUCACCACAACAUUUCAACUUGAGUUGCAUUCUGUGCACAUCAUCCUUACACGUACGGCCAGCACUGAAUCAAAAAAUUCAAAACAUUUGAAGCGAUCGCUAAAGGUCAUCAGUGAGACGAAUGUAUACCAUACUGUACAGCUGCAACAAAAUAUCCAAGAUUCAUUCCCUCACAAAAACAGAGUACGACUACGCGUGUUGAUAGUCGAUGGAAUGGUCGUUCCAACAUCACUGGUUAUGAGAAAAAGUGUGAGACCACCUGUAUCUGUCGCAAGCAGCGCAAGAACAACCACAUUCAAGAUGGAUGAAGACAGAGGCAGCUCAGUCACGUUCCCUACGAAAGACUCAAAGGCAAACACUGUGAUCGAAGAUGGAAAGAAGAAUGACUCGAGCCUCAUACCUUUGUCACGACAGUUUCUGUCAGAUUACGCUUUCUUGUUGGACCCUCCCCCGAGCACAGGGCCUUUACGUGGCCCUCUAAAGUGUGCUUUGGAUGCACUUGAACGUGCUUCAGCAGAAUUUGCAAAUGCAUAUGUCUAUGUGCCAGGCUUUGAUUCUUACAACGUCUCUCGCAUUCGAAGAGGAAUACUGGCACGCUCCUGGAAUGCAUUCGAGCAUGCUAGGAAAGCAAAUGGAGACGGAGAGCGUGGUCGUGAGGGUGACCUCGACCUUACCACAUGGUUAGGCAACGAUGGCAGGGCGCGACUUUUACUGCUUCUGGAAAAUGUGGUGAUGGGUUACUGUCAUUCAAAGGUGUAUGGAUCGAUUUGUAGCAUCCGACAUGGUGCAGAUGAAGCUUUUGAUUCAAUUCUUGCUACGUAUCAUGACUAUGGAAUUUCCCUUAGCGAUCUUGGCAUAACACGGAAAGGGAUCAAGUUAGAGCCAUACGAUUUGAACCUCGCAGAAGCGAUCUUGGGUUGCUUGGGUGACGCUGACGAAGAUAUGGAGUACAUCAUGAUGGACAAAAAUGUUGCUAAAAUUAAGCAAAUGGCGGAAACCGGCAGGCUACCGAGCAAAUCGGAUUUGUUUGACAAUGGUAACUUUCACUCAACGCAGAGGACAAGAUGUCGAAUUCGUACACCUCUAGACGCACUUGAAGUGAUGCAUGCGACAUUAGUCGAGAUCAACCAAGCGACUAUCCAAUCUAGUCGCCGGCAAAAUGAAGGACGAGAUACAUCCACAUUAGGAGCGGAUGAUCUGUUACCGAUCUUGGCUUACGUUCUGAUCAGAGUUGCUCCGCGAAAGCUGACAAGCCUCUUAUACUAUGUCCGUCUCUUUGGUAUCAGUGACGUCACGCUCUCAAAGCAGAAUUGGACAUUGACAACCUUUGAAGCUGUGGUGAGAUAUCUCGCGGAUGAUCCUCUAGAUUUGAGCAAUGGCAGCGAUUCCUUGCACCUCCAGAGGGUUCAACAGGCUCCUCCGAUUCGCAGCACACGUUCUUCGUUACGCUCCCCAACCACGAGUAUUACGAGCGGUUCUAACAUUGGAAGGAUGGAACGAACAUCCAGUCAGCAAGCAUCGGCACAUGAACGGUCUAGAAGGUCAUCUUUGCCAAGUUCUGCUAUGAUGAGUGUUCAAUCAUCACGACAAAGUACGGAAAGUAAUGCCAGACAAAUGAAAGAUUAUCUGAGCGGGAAGACAUUCUCAUCUGCCAGUUCGGUAGUUUCACACGACGGAGGAAUGAUGUCUGGAGAUGAAGGUGAUACAACAGUUCAGGCUUUCAAGAUGCCUGGCCAGCCAGCCAGUGCUCAAUCAGAGCAAUCGGGUCAACGUCCAAGACUACCAACUAUAUCGAUUCGACAAAAUGAAGGAGGCUUGGAUGCCAUGUCGGAAAUGGCAAAGUCCUAUUCAGUUGAUGGAAAUAGCAUUCAUAGAAGAACAUUAUCAGCUUCCAGCGAUCUAGUGAUUCGUCCACAGAUUGUAAUGCGAGCAUCUCACAGAGCUAGAGAGUCUAAAAGCAUAAUCAUGGACCGUCCAUUGUCACCUCAAGAUGGAUCGACCAGUAGCAGAGGCGCAUCACCAGAUCCUUUGCCACAAGGAUUGCAAAUGGAUCAUCGUCGUAGAAGCAUAGAUUCAUGGAGCUCUUUGAGCUUUUUGCACGGUAACAUGAGUCGUCCAGAUAUGAGCCGUAAUCCUAGCGCUGUGACAACGACCGAAGAGGAACGCAACGCUGGGCAGAGACCGAAUAAAGGAGAGGACAUGAUAAUUGCUGGCUUGCCCGAUCCGGCAGGAGCAAGUGCAAGAAGUAUCGGUCCGACUGAACGCAACCGUUCAACAAGCUGGCUACCGACUUGGACCAGUGAUUGGGGCUUGUCAAGCAGGCGUCCUUCACUUGACCCCAGUAAUCAAUCGCACGUUGAACCUCAAGAUCACAGUAAAGUCAGCCAGAUGUCUGAUCCUACAUCUAUCGCAAGUCAAGACCAAUCACACAACCAUCAAGUCGAUGUUUCCGACAAUUCUAUCGUGAUCAGACGCUCUGAGUCAAAUCAAAGUGUGCCUGCUCUGGGAUUUCCUAGUCUUGAUUCUAUGCCAUCUCUGGAACCGCACGAAGGACAUGCAACAUCUCUAGAGAACGACGAUGCAACGAUGGGAAGCAGUCCACGUGAUCGCAACAGUAUCAUGUCUUCGCCUUCAUCUGUAUUCUCUGGAGCAAGUACUUCAAUUCAUCCACAUCACGAUCAAGCCACGAUACGAGGAUCUCGCGGAUCCUGGUACAUGAAUGAUUUACUUUCUUCAUCAUCUUUAGGCAAGGCUAGUGGGGUCAGCUCUGUACAUUUGACAAGUCCAUCUUCAAAGCAUGAACGAAGGAGAGGAAAGUCAAGUUCUCGAUUGUUGUCCAUAUCUACACCAACUGAUCCACUCCCUCCUGCAUUAACAACAUCAGAUGCAGCACAAGCACUGCCAAACCUUUUUUCUUCACAAGUGAGGAUUUCUACACCUGAUGACAUUCAAAGAAGAUCUACAAAAAGUCAGAUUAACAAGAGGCCAAGGCCGACUUCCAUCACUUCUACGGAAGCAAUACCCUCCGUGACUCUGUCUCCUCCCCUUCUCGAUUCUAGGAGCAAGAGCUCUGAUAGUGAAGACGUUUCUACAUUGCAAGGCUUUUCUCGUAAAUCUUCAACAUCUCAUGACCCUUUACCGAAUUUCGGUACAUCAAGAGGUAUCUCCUCCGUGCCUGCAUAUACCAGUCCAUCGAUGCAAUUUAUCAAAUUGGACAUCCCUUCUCCUGUUGACGAACGCACAGAUCCAAUCAUAACGACAACAAUGCCUAAUCUUUCAUGAUUCACCACGAUUACAAAUAUACCCAAAUUAUACGAAAAAGCUUGCUGGACCAAGAUUUUUUAGUAGUUCAUCGUCGUUAUACCCCCAAUAGCGCAUCUUUAACUUAAGAUAUACCACCCCUUUCGGACAAAGUUUCUGUAAUAUUUUACUUAUAGCACAAUUUAGAACACAAUGACGAUACAGUGAAGAG